AUGCGGAAAAUAAUGGAAAAUAAGGUGAAACUCAUUGACUGGCUUCGAUCAGAUCCAUCCUUCAUUCUUCAACAUCUGCAUUGUAAAGGCAUUAUCAAAGACAGGGAGUAUCAAAGCCUUAUGAGUGUCCAAGAGCCAGAGGAUAAAGUCAUCAAACUGAUUGAUAAGAUCCUUGGCAAAAAAGAAACAACAAGUCUCCAGUUCCUUGAUACUCUCAAAGAAAGUGAUGUGAAUGACACCUAUCCGCAACUUCGGCAGUGGAUAACCACCGUAGGCUUACCAGGUACUAUGAUCUUACAUUCUACUUGACUCUGUACUCAGAGCAUUAUGUGGAAAUGGGCGUGUGAUGUAAAGUAAUAUUUUAAAAGCCUCCUGUAUUGAAGUUGUCAUUGGCCCUAUGACUGAUCUUAUAUUGUUAUCUCCAGAGCAACAGGAUAACCUCCCUCAGGAUUGGCAAGCCAUGCCAGCCACCAACUCUGUCCGGCGCUACCAAAUCCAGUCAGGAAGCGCAGAGCAUGGUGAAGUCCUAGGCCUGUUCCAGGCUUCUUGUCCAGGCAAUACUAUCAUUGAGGUACCUCUUGUUCUAAAGUGACUUCCUUAGUAGUUAUAACUGUAAAUGUGCAGCUGUAUAUAAGCCACGGUAUUGGAGGUUAUUGAAUGUCUUGCCAAUUACUGUAAUAUGUGUGUUUUUUCUCCUUCCUUUAGAUUGAAAGGAUCCAGAACCCAAACCUGUGGAAAAGCUUCCAGAUCAAGAAACAAGACAUCGACGGCAGGAAUGAUGGCGUGAUCAAUGAGAGACGUCUUUUCCAUGCAACCAGCCACACAACCAUAGGUCACAUCAACGACCAUGGUUUCAAUCGGAGCUACGCUGGAAAAAAUGGUAAGAUGUGCCAAAGGAUAAAGUCCAAAACAGGAAAGUCUUGGCUCAAGAAGAACUUUAUAUAACUUUUCAAGAAUCCUUAUAUUUAGCUUGUGUUUCUCUCUUCUGUGGUAAUAGUGUCAGUAAUGUGUCAUAAUCUUUCUACAGAUGCACUAUAUGGAAGAGGCACCUACUUCGCAGUCAAUGCCAGCUACUCUGCUGAUGACAAAUACUCAAAACCGGAUGGCGAAGGGAGGAAGUAUAUGUACCUGUGUCGUGUUCUGACUGGACACUUCGAACAGGGAAAAGAGGGGAUGCUAGAACCUCCAUUGAAAGGCGAUUCAACGAUUCGGCGCUAUGACAGUACGACAAACGACCCAUCUAAUCCAACCGAGUUCGUAGUCUUCCACGACUGUCAGGCAUAUCCAGAGUACUUGAUCACUUUCUUAGGGGUCUAG